AUGGGUCGUAAUUGGUUUGAUUCUGUCAGAGGAGAUUCUUUGGGGACAGGUAAAAGAUUUGCUAAUUUCCAACUGUCAGGAACAAUGCCCAGUUUGAUUGAGCUGUUAAAAAUUAUGGUUAUCACAGGCGCAAUGUCAUACGCAUAGGUGUUCCAAAACCAAUGUGGUAACUCAUCUGGACCCGAGGUGGUUCGUUUCUGAUUUAAUAGUAGUUUACAAACAGUAUGGACGGAUAAUUCAGGUACUCUUGUGCCACGGGGAAUAGGGAGAGGUUGAGGGGUAACAUAGUCAGGAUCUGUAUUAAUAGUUUGAAAAUGCUCAUUCAUUACCUUUGGAUCAAUAAUGUGGCUUAAUGGUACUUCACGAUUACCACGACCAGUUAUUUUGUUAACUAAUGACCACCAUCUUUUAGAUCCACAAUUUUGGUUCUUAUUUUCUUGUUUAACUGCUUUGAGUUGAUUGCUCCGAAUGAGUUUAUUAAUUUUUUCUUGUAGGCAAUGACUGCUCUCGUUAUCUCUCUUGUUAAUGGCAUUUUUCCUCAGCUUUAAGAGAUGCUUAACUAUUGGAGAAAGAAAAGGAGGGUCUCUACUAGAUACUCGUGUUUUAAUAAUUGGGAAACAUUCUUCGUAUAUUGGCCAGAUUUUGUAAUAAAAGUUGUUGAUCAUUUCGUUUGGACAAGAAGUACCACUGGAGAUUGUGUCCCAUUGAAAGUCCUCCAUUUUCCGCAACAUUUUUAACUUAUUGUGCUCUCUUAAGUCGCGAAACUCUACUGUUUUUCUUAUGGCUUUUGCCUUAACCACAGGUUUAAGUAAAACAGCCAGAUGGUCAGAUCGUACAAGGCUUUUUAUCGUUUUAGCUUUACUCCAGAAAUUGGGGGACACAUCAAGGAUAUUUUGGCCACGAGUCGGAAGAUUCACAAUCUGUACUAACGAAUGGUAAUUUAGCAAUGUCUUUAUCGCCAAUUGGUUAAUGUCACCAGCUAUGAUUAGUUUCGCGUUGGGCGCUAAUGAUAAUAAUCUCUCACAUGAGUCCAUUAGGAAAUCAAGGAGUAUAUCAGGAUGGUAUUCAGGAGAUGGAGGAUGAUAUAUUGCUGAUAAGUAAAAUAUCGAGUUAUUGGUUGUUAUUUUAGUCCAUAGACAUUCAUAAGGAUUCGAAAAUUCUUCCAAAAUUUCGAGUUUCCAAUCGUGCCUACAAAAGACUGCUACACCACCACCCUGCCUACCAUAUGGUCUGUCUUUCCGUAUCACAGUGAAACCGUCAGGGCAUACCACUUGACUGGGAAUGGUAGAUUUUAGCCAAGUUUCUGUCACAAUACCCAGAUCUACAUUGUGACUAUUCAAUUCUAAGUACAAUGCCGAGCAAGCGUCAGGUUUAGCUAAGGAUCUCGCAUUAAUUACAAUACACGUAGGAAUAGAGCGACUCUCUGGUGGUCCUGGUUUACAAACAUGAAUAGUUAUCAAAUUAUUCGAAUUGCGUGGCGGUGGAUUAUAAGAUAAAUUAGUGAAUAUGUCAUCGUUAGUACGUAGGUUUUCACCUAUACUAGGGUUCCAAGUUGGUGCGUCUCACUAAAUUUGCGUGUUUAAUAAUGUUUAUCAAAGAAGGCAAAAAUAUAUACAAGACAACGUCGCAUGUGGAAUCUGUUCACUUACGCACAGCCUUGUGAUGCAGUACAAGUACAAGUACAAGUACAAAUACAAAUGACAAAGCAUUUUUGAAGGCUUUAAAUCCUAAAACAUAAUUAAAUCAUACGGCACAUUCAAGAUUUUAAUAUCGUAUUUCAGCCGCAUUUAUACUGCUUGGCGCGCAUUCGCUGUGUUAUAUUAAUUUAUAUACCUAUGUUAUAUACACAUGCAGAUUUAUUACUAAUAAAUCAACACUAUAUGAUAAUAUAGAACUCACAAAGUGCAGUCACCUUUUUAUAAAUAAACCUUUUUAAAAGCAUGUCAUUGUCAUUCAGUGUAGACCAGAGGCAAAAAGCACAGCCACAUACCAAAUUUAAGCAAUCGUGAGAUUAUAUACAUGGAAAGAAUAUGGAAAUUAUGUUAAAAGCACCCCGCAUAAUGACGAAAGCACCGCGUAUAAUGCUCGAACCACUGUCCACUGCGUAUAAUGGCGAACGCACCGCGUAUAAUGGCGAAACUAUCACUUAUAAUUCUCGAACCACUGCGUAUAAUAGCGAAAGCACCGCGUAUAACGCUCGAACCACUGCGUAACGACAAAAUGCAGUUUGAUCACUUACGCCAGCUAUGGUUUUCCAUAAAAGAAAACCGAAGAUGAAAGAUGAUCACAAUGCUUGUUUGCCUUAUGCCUGUUUAUUAGGCAAGAAUAGCCUGUCGGCCCGGAAGCAGUGCAUUGUGGUUAGACCGAAAUACGCCGAAACGAUCGAGAUUUCAUCUUCAUAUAUACUAGGAUACCUGCAAGAUAGGGAUUGCUGCGGGCAUUAAAAGCAAAUAGAACUACAGUAAACAGCACGAAUUAUAUCAAGCACAGUGAUUACUCGCAGCGACCAGUGAGCUGUGAAUGGAACUGAGAAGAAGCAAUAUAUAUUGAAGUAGCAAAGACCAAGGGUUAAAGGGCAAUCAGAGGUGACAGAUAUUAAACAUGUGCGUCUCAGGCCCCCUUUACACGAGCCCGGGUUGAUUUUCAACCCGGGUCAGCACGCCACAGGUGGUUAUUUUUUAUUCUGUUUACAUGAACCCGGGUUGACGACAAUUUUUGCUAACCCGGGUCAGCAAUUCUCAACCCGAGCUGACUCGAGUAAUAUUCCGAGCAACAGACUGGAGCAGAGUGUAUUUUGUAUCCCUUAUUUUUUUAUUUUUUUUAUUAGUUUUACAAUAAGAAAUUGAAGGCACAAACAACAGGACUAAUAAAGUCCCAAAUUAAGUCCUGCCAUACAUGAAAAUACUACGCUAUACUAUGCUAUACUAUACUAUAAACGGUUAUAUAAUUAACAAAAUACAUAGCUAGUUACAUAUUUACGGUAUUACACAUAAUUACAUUCGUACAAAAACUCAGAACAUGCACUUCUACGAACAACAAGACAUAAAACAAGAACGACAUUUAGAGCAAAACGUUUUCCAAGUCCUUGGCCUAUUAACAUCAAAACAUACAUUAACUUUUUUAGUGUAGUGAUUAUAGAGUUUAAGUUUCAGUGACUGAAUAGAGAGAAGGAUUUUAUUUCUCCUGGCAGGCUGUUCCAAAGUGGCACUAUCCUAUUGAAAAAUAGAUUUCGGAAAGAAGAUGUUCUGCAACGGUUUGGUCGGUAUGAAUCAGUAGAGCUAAAGCGAGUGUGAUGAUUAGUAGAAUUGUCCAGAAUAUAGUCUUCAAGUGUUAAGUCGUAAUAACCAGCUUUGCAUUUAUAAAAAAACGUAAUAUCUUUGAUUUCGAACCAGUAUGAAAUAGGCAGUAGGUUAAGUUUCUUUAAACGGUUGGUGUAAGAUGAGUUGAAGUCUUGAAGGAUAUACUUGGUUGCUUGUCUUGGGACACUUUCAAGACAAAGAAGCCCCUAGAUGUUGUUUGGGGUGCCCAAAUUUCACUGCCACAGCACAGGUGUGUACGAACAAGUGUCAAAUAGAGAGAGCGUCGACAAUUUAUAUCAAUUUAUAUCAUUUGUAUCUUAUAGAGCUCAUACGAUCAUAUUCCUUUUAGUUUUGGCUCUUAUAUCUUUCAGUAUACGAUUAUAUCCCCUUUUAUCAGGGAUUUAACCGUAUAGCAACUUAAUUCUGCCUUAAAGACGUUUUCUUUCUUUUUUGAUAGCUCCUCAAAUAUUCGGCAUCGAACGCCAACGCCAUACCUUCGCGCAACUUUGAAUACAUUGUGACAACAUCGGAGUUGAAAUCUAUAUUUUCAUAAUCCAUCUCAGCUCCGUCUUAUAAUGCUUCAGAGAUGUCUGUACUAAACAGAGACGGAGAAAAUACGCACGCAAAAUGUUGAAAUUCGAUAUGACGCUAGGUGCAAAGUUCACAAUCAUGAAUUUACCGCACUUUACAUGAUCCCGGGUCAAGCCAACCCGGCUUUACAUGAAGAAAUGAAUAAACUUUUCACGCGUUCACACCUCGCCAACCCGGGUCAACCCGGGUCUCGAGAAGGGUGCCCCGCGUUGGCGAGGUGUGAAAGGUUGACCCGGCUAUCGUGUAAACGCUAAUAGAGAUUUAUUCGUAGACGGGUUGACCCGAGCUGGCAAGCCAACCCGGGUUGAUAGUCAACCCGGACUCGUGUAAAGGGGGCCUCGUUGACAUACAGGUAAAUUAAGAUCAGAUUUCAUAUCAAGUCUGUUUACUGCUAGGCGCAUUUACCACAUUAUAUAGACUAUAUACACAGAUUUAUCACACUAAGAAACCAAAACUUUAUAAAAAUAUAGAACUGACAGUGGCCAAAGUCCAAAACAAAUGUAAGCGUAACAUUAGACUUGAAAAAGCUUUAGAAAUUCGAUAAAAAUUCGAAGACUCAAGCGAGUUUAAAAUUUGUGUUCUGCGCAUAGAAAGUGCGCACGACCACAAUUCCAUGCGCUAAAACUUCAAAACCCCCUCUCUGCACAUAUUAGGCUGCUGCUGCGCUCGCUCGUUUCAGGCUCGCUCGUUCCGCAGCAAUAAUACAUAUACCUAAAGAUUGGGUCUGCUGCCUUGCUCGCUCGCUUCAGGCUCGCUCGCUGCGGCAGCAAUAAUUUAUUCUCCCGCUGGAAAUGACGCACCGGUACACGCGAUUACAACAAGCGACAUUUUUAGAACUCGGUCAAGUUUCUAAAACUUUCAACGGUUUUCAACAAAUCAUUUCGAGUAUCAGCAAAAUAUUUAUCAAUGGAAAUAACCGAGAAGAAAUAUUACAGUAUUUGUACAAAUCGCACUGCUAUUUGCACAACAAAGUUUCUUUUUAACCAAAAGUUAAGAAUAAUAACUGUUGUUUGCGUCUUUGCGAUCGACACAGUGCAGCCAUGGACUGCGGUCCUCGCAUCUGGAUGUUGGUUUCGUUUCUAUCACUAAUAGCCUACUAGUAGCGUGGUCAAUCAGAACGAUGAUAGCCUACUAGUAGGUUUAUACUAAUUACAAAUAGCCGCAGAGGAAUGCAAGUAUGGUUCCACAUUCUACUUGAACUUGGCCGACACUUUGCUAACAUAACAUACUCAUAAUUUUCCUGCAACUACUUUUAAAAUAAUAUCGCUCUAUGCCAGGAAUUGCAUUGCAAUUAUAAGUUGCAGUAAAAAUUGCCUUGUGUAACAUGGCCUUUAUUUAACUUUGUUCUGAUCUGUCCUUCUAUAAACCAGAACAAUAUUAGUAACUAUGGGCAUGUUAUUUAUCUAAAGUUGCGAAUUAGGUAUAAACAAACGUCAGCCAAAUUUGUUUAUGAUGUGUUUUGUUUCAAAUGUUCAAAAACACUCGUUUUUUAUAUUUGUAUCUGGUAUAAUAUUCAAUUUGUAUAGAGAAAAACUUUGCAUUCAAUAAACCUGCACAACAAUCAAAAACGACAAACAGCGGCUCUGCUUCAAGAGCUGUGGAUGGAAACAAAAACCGGAACUACAACAAGGAGUCGUGUACCCACACAGAUAUAGAAACAGCACCUUGGUGGCGAGUGGAUUUAGAACAACGUAUUGCAGUCACAGAAGUGAAAAUCGCAAAUAGAGAUGAAGUUGGCAUGCGACUUUGUGGCUUCGAGAUAAGGAUUGGAGAUAGUUUAGAAAAUAAUGGAACUACGAACCAGAGAUGUGAAACUCAACAAGAUAUCCCUUCUUGUUCUGAUCAGGUAAUUGAACAGACAGUUUUGUUGGUUCAGAACAUGACUAAAAGUACUCAAAUUUACCACUUGACUUCGAGUUCCGUACGUUCACCUUGCAAUGUCGGGGUAGCAACGUAGAUUAUAAGUUGUGUUUAACUUGGUCAUCUUAUACAAACAAAACAAAACAAUGAGGCAGUUGUUUGUUUAGGUAGAAAUCUCAGUAAAACGUUUGAAGCUAGAGUACAACAUGGUACCAUAUUAAUUCGGUUUUUUAUUCGUUUUUAAAAACGUAAGUCGCUACAUUUAAAAUACUCGCGAUAAUUAUCGUUAACUUUUAACUAUUAAUUGUUAGCUUUUUCUACUUAGGAGGUUAAAGUCUCGUGUGUACCCACGGUGGUUGGUCGUUAUGUGACGAUAGUUAUUCCAGGAGAACAGAAAGUACUAACAUUGUGCGAAGUCGAAGUCUAUGGUUCUAUAGGUAUGUAGGUUGAGAAAUCCCAGCAGUCAGUCAGUAAGAAAAAAGUGUUUAAUGUUCUUCUGAACUUGAAUUUGUCUUUUUCAAAUGUUACCGGUAAAAAAUGUGUAAAAACACUGGAAAAUUUGACCGUACAUUACGCCUUUAUGUACAGUACGCCUUUAUGUACCUAAGAAAUCUAAAUGUAUGUUUAUUGCAUCCCCUUAUAAAAUUAAGAGGGGUUCCGUGUGAAAACCAUGCAAAUUUGAAAAAUCGUUCUACAACACAGUUGACGGAUUUUGACCAAAUUUUGGUGAAGCAUGGUGAUGGACCGAAAAACGUCACAGGCAAACUUUCGUGUGUUAGAAUUAAAUGGUUUGGGAGAUAUGGCGCAUUAAAAGUUUACGGUAUGUCUGGACCGGAAAUAGAUGAUUUUUACCGUAUAUUUUGAGUGUUCAGUAAGAGGCAUGGUUCAAAAGUCGGGUAACCUAAAUAUGAUUUUUAAGAUGAGAGAAGACUUGCAAUUAUAUUUACAUAAUGGCAUUAUCUCCCCUUGCCCUGGUUUACAGGUUACGGUCAGGCAUUGAGGUAGCAAACCACGUGCAGUUGACACGAAGCCAAAUUUGACAAUAUUAAAGCGAGUAUUUCUCAAAUGCGGCGGGGUAAGGCAUCUUAGGUUUGCAUUCUAUUCUUUAAUUGACACCUAAAUAUAAAAACUAGACGAAAAAAAGUGUGAAAAAUAGACGAAUUCUUGGACAAAUUUUGACAAAAACACCGCCUCGUUGUCAGCCACCAUUUUGUUGUUUUGUUGAUUAUUUUUAUUUAAUCUAUAUGAUUUAAGAUUAAUCAGUGACAGAUUUACAAACAUGUUACACCAAAUACACAGAUAUGUAUAUAGACCGUAUACCAAUAGUUCAAAAUAUUACAAUAAUUGAUUCAAAACAAAAAACCGUCCUAUAUAGUUCACAUUUACCAAGGCAAUUUACUCAGCUAGCUACCUGUAUAGAUAAAAAACAAUCGUAUCGUGUUUUUGUUUCCAUUUGCCUUGAUCCUGGACUUAUUUUAUUAAAAAUGGAGUGUUGGUACCCAAUACUUUAUCACACCUUGUACAAAUGUGUCCUUGCUGUCUGUCAAGAUAUGAUGAUCUGGAAGCGCGGCAAACUUCAAAGACACAAAAUAGAAGGCCUUUGUCUGAUGUUGAACUGUUCCUCACCGUGCACAAAUUUUUUGUCGCCACUUCAUUAAAUAUCAUCUGUGACCGUGCACAAAUUACAAUCACUUCUGUUUAGUUUCCAGACCAUCGUAACUUGAUAGAUUAUGCAUAUACAUUCAAGCAAGAAACCCUUAUUGAGGCGCAUGUACUUUCGGCGUUGACUGAUAAAUUCGAGCGAUAGUGAUCAACAAUCCACGCUGACUAACAAAAUUUAAUCCAGAAAUCUAAUUAAUUUUCUAUUGCUGUUAAUUAUUAACAAUUAUGCCCGAGAGAUGAAUCACCAGGGCCUCCCAGAGGAAGGCGGGGGGGGGGGUGUCAAAUAGGGCAAUUUGCCUCGUGGCCCCAAAUAAAGCGGUCCCCACAAAAGGUGUAAUUAAUAUAAGUUUUUUUUAUAUGUAAUGCUAUGAGAAAAAUUUUUAGACCUUAAUUUUACUGGUAUUUGUCCAAAAAAUGUGUUUUACCCGUGAUUUUAUAGGUAUUUGUACGGAAAAAUUUUUGGACCUUAAAUGUCCGGAAAAUAACCUUUAAGUUUGGGUUAGAGUUUGAGCAAUGCAGGGCCAGGUUUCAUACUGUUAGGAUUAGACUGGUGGAUUGCAAGGACGGAUUAGGUUAUUACAACUACAUUUCUCGUUCUAUGCACUCCUUAAGCUGUUUGCCUUUCCACAGUCUCGGUAACCAAAUUGAGGGUAUCCAAUUCCCACAUUUGGGUCAAUGUGGUUGAGUGCACCAUUGCGCUUUAGUGAUGACAGCCUUGCAAAAUAACUUUUCACCUGCUGAACAGUCAGCCAUUCUUCUCGUGAAAACACCAUGUCACCUGCUUCGUUUUUCUUUGAUUUCAUUUGAUUUGCCACAUCUUGAGCAGAUACCUUACGCCCAGUCUCUUCACCUUGCAGAAAGAUCUCAAGAAGAUAACUGCGAACAUGUGGAGAGAAUCUAGUGUUUUUUCUUCUCUUUUUCAGAGCCCAUCCUGUCGGUAAGGUAGUUUCAGGGACUGCAGACUCCUUGUUGUUACUAUUGGAACUCGUGGAUAUCUUUUCUGAUUUAAUUCCUGUGCAGAUAGCUGCCCAACGUCGUUUCACACAAUCGUAUUGUGACUCACGAUGCAGUUUAAACUGAUGUUUUCCGUAAUCCAAAUGCCUUGGAAGAUUCCUGUCAGAUCGAUAGGAUUUGAUGCAUCCUUCCUCGGGGCUUGUGAAAGGCUCGUGUACUUCCGGGCUCUAUUUGGAAGUCUGAUUCGAUUGGGCUUCUUUCUUCGAUUCAUUUGCUUUCAGUGCACCUGUCUUGCUAUUGCACUUUGUAAAUCCUUCCAUCACAAUAAGCUGCGUCGCAGCUUGAGCUACAGCAACUUUCUUUAGAAACGAAGAAUUGAAUUUUUUACCGCUGCCAAUAUUGAAGGCUUUCCAUGCCACUAUUUUGGUGUUGGAAAAUUGGAAGUUGUUGAAUUGGCUAAUCCCAUCCCAUUUAUGUGUUUUGAUGUCUUGCCUUUCAGGAUUGACCUCGACCACUGCCACUUUUACACCACUAACUCCACCAUAAGAAUCCAGCGCAGCCUUCAUUUCGUGACCAGUUGUUACAUUGUGUCCCUCGUUCAAAUAUCGUCUAAUAUGGGCUUUCAUUGGAGCAAUCUUUCUAUCACAUGCAUCUUUUCCGGCCUGUGCUUCGCUAUAAUCAUAUCUAAUGAUCUGCAUUUUCGAACGCUUAGCAAUAGCAGGUAAACUUAAGAUAAGUGGGGCGUUGUGGUAACAGCCUGCGUUAUCGCUACAAAGGAAAAUUCUCUCCAGCUCUGGUUUCUCUUCUUUGAUAGUUUGGAAAAGAUGCUCCAAUAUUGAAGCAACACUGAACCAGUCUUGGGUGCACUUCUCCAAGAUAUGCACAUAGGUUCUGACCUACAAAAAUAAAGAAGCUUUACCGGUACGAAGAAAGAAGAGCUAGCAAACACUGGCAACAAAUGACUUUAAAUAUAACAUUAACUCCUUUGUGACUGACCCAGUACAGGGAAACUGAUGCAGACUUUAGCACUCUACUCUGGCUAACGCCAGAUGAUUUUACUCGUCAAGGCCACCCGAGAGGUUAACUGCCAAUAAAAAACAAACAGAUUUCAAUUUGCAGCGAUAAAUUUAUCUCCAUGAAUGAUUACAUGGUGACGACUCUGACAGGAAUACUAAGCGAUGGAAUACUUUGGCCGGAUCGUGAGGCUGGAUAGCUUUAGAUAAGAAAAAAAAUGAGAUUUGCUGAAUAGACGUUUAGGUCAUAGAAAAUCCUAAUAGAAAUUGUACCUCAAAUUGAUCGCUAACUGCUGCACAUGCCGACAACUUUGUUAUACAAGCUGAAACAUGCCAGCUUAUUCCUUUCUUGCCAAAUCACUCCGACUGAGUUCCCUGAAUUUAACAGGCAGCCAUUUCAUUGCCCAGUCAACAAUGAUAAGCACUUCUUUGCCAGUUAGUUUUUCAAGAACAGAAGAUUUGGCAUCGUCUUGUAUAAUCGUCCGAACAAUAUGAGCUUUCCAGGCUUCAAUCUUUUUACACGCAACUUCAAUAUCGCUUGUAAGUUCCUCGUGCUCCCUGUUGUUUCUACAAUAAAAAUGGGGUCAUUUUGACAAACAAACAAACAAACAAACAAACAAACAAACAAACAAACAAACAAACAAACAAACAAACAAGCAAGCAAGCGAGCAAGCGAGCGAGCGAGCGAGCGAGCGAGCGAGCGAGCGAGCAAGGAAGCAAGCAAGCAAGCAAGCAAGCAAGCAAGCAAGCAAGCAAACAAACAAACAAACAAGCAAGCAAGCAAGCAAACAAACAAACAAACAAACAAACAAACAAACAAACAAACAAACAAACAAACAAACAAACAAACAAACAAACAAACAAACAAACAAACAAACAAACAAACCAACCAACCAACCAACCAACCAACCAACCAACCAACCAACCAACCAACCAACCAACCAACCAACCAACCAACCAACCAACCAACCAACCAACCAACCAACCAACAAACCAACCAACCAACCAACCAACCAACCAACCAACCAACCAACCAACCAACCAACCAACCAACCAACCAACCAACCAACCAACCAACCAACCAACCAACCAACCAACCAACCAACCAACCAACCAACCAACCAACCAACCAACCAACCAACCAAACAACCAACCAACCAACCAACCAACCAACCAACCAACCAACCAACCAACCAACCAACCAACCAACCAACCAACCAACCAACCAAACAAACAAACAAACAAACAAACAAACAAACAAACAAACAAACAAACAAACAAACAAACAAACAAACAAACAAACAAACAAACAAACAAACAAACAAACAAACAAACCAGCCAGCCAGCCAGCCAGCCAGCCAGCCAGCCAGCCAGCCAACCAACCAACCAACCAACCAACCAACCAACCAACCAACCAACCAACCAACCAACCAACCAACCAACCAACCAACCAACCGCUAAAUCUCCAACACCCUCCCCCCCUAUUUUUCUUAGGAGGAGAUAAAUGUUCAGAUUGUUCAAAAUCUCAAUAUUCCUCAGUGUUCGUCACCGUUAUUCUCGGUCACCUCUCUUAUACGUUGACGUGCGGCGACUGCAGCAGCUCUCUUUGGCCUGAACGUAGGUGCUUUCUGGAUUCAUAAUUGCUUUAGCAGGUGGAUACAGUUGUUGAACUGCUCGUUCAAGAUGAGACUUUUUACUGAGGACUUUCGUAACUCUUACUUCUCCAUCUUUCCCAGCAACUAGUUCUUCGACUACACCUAACGACCAUUUUCCUCGUUUCUUUUCAUCAUCUGCAAUGAUGACAACAUCUCCAACUUUUGGUGUAAAUCCUCGUUUGGUCUUCUUCGUACGGUGUCUCUCGCGCAAACUCCUCAAGUAUUCAUUUGACCAUCUUUUCCACACUGCGGUUUUGCACUUCAAAAGAUGCUUGGCAGGUCCUCGUAAAUCACCAUCUUCGAGAUGGUGCGGUUCCAUUUCGGGCAGAAUGUUGCUAUUUGCGAACAGCAUGGAGUUGGGAGUUAAUACGGGAAAUUGCAAGUCAUCUUCAACAUAGGUUAAAGGUCGAUUGUUCAAUGUUACCUCGACAUCUAGGAGAACCUCUUCCAACACUUUCCAUCUCAGCAUGCCUUUUCCGAUGCAUUUUCAGAGAGCGGAUUUUACCAGUCCUACAAUGCGUUCAAAUUGUCAACCCCACCAAGGGGCGCGGCUGAGGUUGAACUGCCACCGUAUCUGUUGCUUGCCCAAAUAGUCUAGGAACCUGUCGUCAUACAUCACCAUUCGGAUCCACUUUGCUGCCGCGACAAAAGUACCACCGUUGUCGGAAUAUAUUCUUUCGGGUCUUCCUCUUCGUGCCACGAACCGCUUGAGGCUCAACAAGAAUUCUGUUGUUGUCAGGUUGGGUAGAAGAUCAAUCAUAACACCUCUGGUUAAACUACAGGCAUACAGAAGAAUAUAUGCCCUUCCUUCUCGUUUCUUAGCUGUUCGAUAUUGUAAGGGUCCAGCAAAAUCUACGCCUAUCACCUGGUAAGCAUUCUUUCCUUCAGUGCGUGUGGUGGGUAAGAUACCGGGUAGGGGUAGGGGUGGGGGUGUGGCAUAUGCACUAGCUGUCAACCUCUUGCAUCCAUAACAACGUUUCCCAACUUUCUUUACGAGCUGCCUUAGCCGGGGAAUCCAAUAACGUGCACGAACGUGGCCCAUUGUUAAACCAACUCCGCCAUGUAAUGUGUGUUUAUGUGCUUCUUCGACGAUUUUCUGUGAAAUGAGAUGAUGGUCAGGGACAUAAAUUGGAUACUUUCCUUGAAUACAUCCGCGUCAUUCUAACAGCUUGUCUUUGCCAGGUUGUAAGUUCAAAGCCACUCGAUCGAUCUCAAGGUCACAAUUUUCCUGAGCUCUCUUAAUGUAGAACUGACGCUGGCGGGCAAGUUCGCUAGUGGUCAGCGGUCCUAUGACGCGGGAUCGUCCUCUUUUAUGAAGGGCAUUAUUUGCAAAUCUUCGCAUUCAAGCACACACACGAAGAGCUUUCUGCAAGGCCUUUCUGCAAGAUUUCAUCAGCUUCAUUACCAUCUAUCACCGCAACAGCAAGAACACUUUUCACUAGUUUCGCUUCAGCAUUACUUUCAACAGUGGGUUGAGGCACAAUGUCAUCUGGCCAACGUUCAGAGUCCUUUAGCUAAUUUGGUCCCCGCCACCACAGCUCUGCAUCACCUAAGUCACCAGCUCUGCUUGCACGAUCUGCCAGGUUAUCACUCGUUGGUACAUGUCUCCAAAUCAGAUCUUGGUGGUCAUUGAUCUUCUUGACACGAUUGGCCACGAAUUGUUUAUAAUCCCCAUUUCCCUUGAUCCAGUGUUGAACCAAUGUGCUGUCAGACCAACAAUAACUACUUUCAACAGGAAAUCCAUUCAAUACUUCGCUUACAUUCACUACCAAGUUGGCGGCCAUAUGUGCUGCCACCAACUCUAAACGCGGGAUUGUUAGUUCUUUCUUCGAUAGUCUAGCUCUUGCUGCUACCAAGCCUUGGGUUUCGCCAGAUGCUUGCUCAACAACUGCAUACACACACGCUGCUACCCCGUUUUUGCUGGCGUCUCCAAACGAAUGUAGCUUGAUGCUUUCGAUUGGCUCUCUAUGGACUACUAACGAUCUUGGAACUUCGACAUCGACCGGCAGACCAUUCUCCCACUGAUUUCACUCUUUGAUCAGAUUAUCAGGCAUUGCAGCAUCCCAGGCUAUCUUCGCAUAACAUGUGGACCGGUAUAUUAUUAGCUUACUUCGCAACGAUAAUGGUGAAAUGAAUCCCAAUGGGUCAUAUAUUUUAGCAAGCUUAGCUAAAAUACCUCGUUUCGUUUUCACGGUCUCUUCUGUUGGUAGGGUUGCAUGAAGUGUAUCUGACUCUUUUAACCAUUCGAUACCAAGUAGUUUGCAGCCUCCCCCACAGGUAGUCCCCAACUGCUGUUUUGUAUAAGUAAAUUCCCCUUCUGGCAGAUCUUCCGACUCUAAAUUUUGAUCAUUUGAAUGCCAUUUGUGAAGGUUAAAACAGCACUCUUUGAACAUUUCUGUUAUCUUCUCUUUGAACUCACGAGCUUCCGCCACUGUUGUAGAUCCAGAGAUCAGGUCAUCAACGUAUAGUUCAUCUCGAAGAUUAGCCACGAUGUCCGGUUCUCGGUCCUCUCAGGUGCUCAAAUGCAUGUCAAGGACUCCCCCCAGCAAGAAUGGGGAGGGAGCUAGACCAAAAGGCACUCUAGCAAAUCUCAAAAUUUCAACGUCAGACUGUCCGUCCGCCUGCCAAUGGAAGCGGAGAGCAUCACGAUCGGGCUCCCUCACUCGAAUCUGAUGAAACGCUUUCUGUAAAUCACCAUUCAAUGCUACCGGGUGAAAGCGUCCUCUGACUAAUACAUUCCAAAGUUUAUUUGUCAGACUGGGCCCUGGGUUUAGACAUUCAUUAAGUGAAGGCGCUGAGUUAUGAGCUCUAGCCGAUGCAUCAUAGACAAUCCUGAGCUUCGUUGAUUCCGCAGAAGUUCGCAGCACUGGCCGGUGGGGGAUAUAAAACUCUCUACCUUCGCUGGGAUUGCUCACACUUUCAAUAAUCCCUUCUGUCUUUUGCUCCUCCACGAUUUGGUUAUAUUAGAUCUCAGUCCCGCACGAUCAAGUCUGCUUGUCAAACCUGCCAGGCGACGUAAGCUGCUAGCUCGAUUGUUUGGUAAUGGGGGAUGGUUUCCACGCCAUGGUAACCCUGUUUCAUAUCGUCCAGUUUCAUCUCGAGUAAGUUGCUCCUUGAACUCAUCGUAGACAACACUCUGGCUGUUAGUUGGUCUAUCUUCUAAGCCCAAGACGUCAAGCCCACAUAGUUCUUCGUAGUCAGCUUGAGAUGUCUGAGCUAGAAGCAUACUUGACACAUCCACGGAUUCCUUGCCUGGGGACAUAAUAGUCCAACCGAACCGAGUCAACUUGGCUACAGGUUGACCUGGAAGACCGACUCUAGGAGGUUUCUCUGUCUUCAGCUUCGCAAACUCACUCGCCCCGAGAAUAAUAUGAACUGGAAGUUUAUCUUUUAUGUCAUGAUCUUCCAUAGCAACUCCUUUCAUAUGUGUGUGUUUCUUAAUGAUCUCUUCAUACCUUGGGUUAUCCAAAAGUAACAGUUCGUUCUUGUUAACUUUAGUUACUUCCACCGACAAGGAAAAAUCACCAGUGAGCCCCCCAAUUUGAAUAGUUGAUAGUUCAACCUCUUUUGUUAUUGUUCCAAGCAUCAUGUCAAUCUUCCUUACUUCUUUCUUGGAGCAUCUUUGUGGAAUCUGAUCUAAUAAUGCAGCCGACACUUAGGAGCUCCCUGCACCAGUGUCUAAUAGAGCCCGACACUUGAACCCACCUACUUGUACAAUAACCACUGGAUGAAUAACAUUUGUACUACUACUAGCUCCGAGGAAUUGUUCUGUCACCUAAUCACAAAUUGAUGUGUGAUGUCUCCGUUUGCAUUUUUGACAUCCUAACUUACUCUUGCACUCACUGGCACGGUGCUGUGCCCCUGUGCAAUUAAAGCACAGUCCCUUUUGAGCUAGAAUUUUCUUUCGUUCUUCUCGAGUUUUGACUUUCGAACAGUUUGUCCCUUUAUGUGUGCUUUCUUCGCAGUAAACACAUUCUGGUCGCCGUGAUUUUUGUUCUGCAUCUUGAGUAUGGUAGAACCUUGAGUAACCCUUUCCUUUCCCACUGCGCUGUUGUUGCUCUAAUUUCUCUUCUAUUGGAUUGAUUUCAUGCCAUGUUUUUAGGGCCUUUAGGAGGUCUUCAUAUCCCCAGUUUAGCCAGUCCUCCUUUCCAUGAACAAGAUCAGCUUUUAUACCCUUUAAUUUAUCUAAUAUUGCCCCAACAUUCCCUUUUACAUCAGGCAAUCUAUCAAGGGUAUCAAGGCUCUGAACAUUGCAGUGUUGUAACGAGUCGAGUCAUUGACUCGGACUCGAGUUGCUAUCUUCAACGACUCGACUCGAGUCCAAAACGAAAAAUGACUCGACUCGACUGGAGUCAACAGCCCCAACUGACUCGACUCGGACUCGACUUGCUGAUUUUGCUGUAAAUGACUCGAGUCAACUCAGCUACAACUUGUAGAGAAUAAAUUCAUCAAAGAUAUUGUGAUUGUAUUGCUUGGAAGAACAAUGAGCCCUGUGAACAAUGAGAACUUCGAAACUUUAUCAGAAAGUAUAUGGGAUUUGCAUAGAAUACUGUAUAUUCCUGACGGGCAUGCCUAUAUUACAUUUCUGUUUUUAGAAACAACGCUAGUGCCACAGUUUUUAUAAUGGAGUCUCAAAAUUUUUUGUACUUAUGCUAAUUCUGACCGGCUGACUUCAUUUUUGUAUUUAUGAAGUGCUAUAAAUUUCAAAUUAACUUAGGCUACAAAGCAUGGUUAAUUAAAGUCUAUCCUUUGUUAAUUCUGACUCCAGUUGCAAGUUAUCCUAGUUGUAUAUACGUACACUCUAUCAGCAGGAUUGAUGAGACAUCUCAUGUGGUUGUACUUAAUAUUGACUAGAACUGUGAUAUUGGUACAGCCUAUGGCAGCCCAGAUACUGUUAUUACAUGACUAAAGUGAUUAGCUUAAAACGUAGAUUUGAUUACUAAUUUCAAACUGAGGUAGCGAACCAUUACAAAAAGCGUGAGGUGGACCAUUCUCGUCCCCAGAGCCAUUUUCACUCGCUCACUCGUUGAAAAGUAGGCUGUGGGUUAGGCGACUACAGCGAGAGAUCUGAUUGGCUUCUCAGAAAAAUCCUAUUUCGCAGAAGUUGAGCAGUUUUAGCUAGGAAAAAUUAUUCUAUCAAAUAUGUCAACGCAAAUACUUCGUUUCUUCGUAAUACUUCACUUUGAAAAUUGUUACGGGUGCUAAAGUGUCACAGUUCAAGACCAUGCGCUUUAGAAACUACUGCAAGUUUACUUGCACUUCCAGUUCCGUAUGUUCCAGGGCCUAGGGAGGACGCGCGCGGCCGAGAGGCCCUGGGGACAAGGAUGUGGGUGGACUUGAUCCAAUUCCAUGACUCAAGUUAAGUCUAGCUAUUGACUCGACUCGACUUAAAGCAAUGACUCGACUUGACUCGAGUGAAACUGCUGACUCGACUCGACUCGAUUGAAGCCACUGACUCGAAUCGACUCGAUCAGAAACUGAAAUGACUCGACUCGACUCGUAUCUCGACCUUUGAGUGUCUGGACUCGACUCGUGACUCGACCUAUAGGUGACUCGUUACAACACUGGAACAUUGUACGAAUGCUGUUUGUAAAAUUCAUUGAUCUUUGCUGGAUCCUUGCCAUUAAUAACUGGUAAGCUCAUAAUGUUAACCACAUAUGUAUUUACAACAUCAGCUAUCUGUCGGUAUUCUGAUUCCAAAACUUCUUUCGCCUUGUCAUAACCCACUUCGGUGAAUGGAAGACCAUCUAUAUCUAUCCGAACGUUCUCAUCCAACAGUUCUUUUAAAUAAGAAAAUUUUGUUAAAAUCGGUAUGUCUGUGGAGUCAAUUUCAGAUUUAAACUUCCCCCAAAAACGGGAGCCAUAAGUCAAUUUUUCCAUUGAACUUUGUGAUGGGUAGUUUGUGUAAUUUUGCACCAGAGGUUGGUUUACUGUGUUGAUUGUUUACACCUUGUUUCGUUUUCUCUAACUCUUCCUGAAAUUUUGCCUUUCGUUCAAAUAACUCAAGUUCAAAUGCCAACUUUCUUUCGUGUGCGUAAGUUGUUUUGGCUUCUCUUUCAUCAUCAUCCAUUUUCUUGAUCUGUUGAUCUAAUAAUUUGAUAUCCUGAUCUGCUUUCUCAAGUUCGCUUUCAUAUAGUUUGCUCCAUUCAGCUAUAGCCCCUUCAUCUUCACCUUUCGCAAAUUUUUUUUCUUCGAUUGUUUCCUUUAGCUCGUUUACUGCUUUCGAUAUAUUAAUAAUACUUUGUUUUUGACGUUCAGAUGCUUGUCGAUCUUGUUUCUCUAAUAAUUCACUCGUUUUUGUGCACCUAAAGUUGAGGGUUUUUAUCUAGCUCGAUAGUUCAGCUAUUUGUCUCUCCAUAUUGUGUCACAAAUUUCAAUGUAUAGUCGAAUACUCACAUUUGUUUACGUUGACAAAUUCAACUCGAAAAUCCCGAGUAUCGUGAAUUCGCCUCUCGAGUGUCCACGAUAAGUCACAAAAUGUUAUUGCUAACUCACAAUUGUAUAAUCCCUUUAAUAAAUCUCAAACUUUAACAAACAAAAUCAACUCUCUCACGAGACACGUUUAACGUUUUUCGUACGUUUUUCCCGUCGCCAUAUUUGAACCAUAACAUAUUUUCUUAAAUAACGUACUUUUAUCGUCUAGCGCGCGAACGGGCAAUUUAUCUCUAUUUAUCCCUACACCUCUAAAUCUCGAACAGGCUACUAGUAUAGGUUUAUACUAAUUACGAAUGCCCGCAAAAGAAUGUGAGUACGGUUCCGCAUUCUACUUGGCCGACACUUUGCUAACAUAACAUACUCAAAAUUUCCCUGUAACUACUUUUUAAAUAAUAUCGUUCUAUGUCAAAAAUUGCAUUGCAAGUUGCAGCAAAAAUUGCCUAGUGCGACAUGGCCUUUAGUUACCUUUGUUCUGAUCUCUCCUUCUGUAAACUAGACUAAUAUUAGUAACGAUAGGCAUGUGAGUUACCUAAAAUUGUGAAUUGGGUAUAAACAAACGUUAGCCAAAUUUGUCUAGGACUAUGACGUGCUUUGUUUCAAUUGUCCAAAACACGCUGUUUUUAUAUUUGUAUAUGGUUAUAUUUGUAUAGAGGAAAACUUUGCAUUUAAGAAACCUGCACAACAAUCAAAAACGACAAACAGCGGCUUUGCUUCAAGAGCUGUAGAUGGAAAUAAAAACCGGAACUACGACAAGGAGUCGUGCACCCACACAGAUGUAGAAACAGCGCCUUGGUGGCGAGUGGAUUUAGAACAACGUAUUGCAGUCACACACGUGAAAAUCGUAAAUAGAGAUGUAUUUGGCAUGCGACUUUGUGGCUUCGAGAUAAGGAUUGGAGAUAGUUUAGAAAAUAAUGGAACUACGAACCUGAGAUGUGGAACUCAACAACAUAUCCCUUCUGAUCAGGUAAUUGAACAGACAGUUUUGUUGGUUCAGAACAUGACUAGAGUAGCCAAAUUUACAUCAGCUUCACUUUGAGUUCCGUUCGUUCCCCUGCAAUGUCGGGGGUAGCAACGUAGAUUAUUAUAAGUUGUGUUGAACUUAGUCAUCUUAUACAAACAAAACAAACAAAGGAGACAGUUGUUUGUUUUGGUAGAAAUCUCAGUAAAACGUUUGAAGCUAGAGUGCUACAUGGUACCAUAUUAUUUCGGCUUCUUAUUCGUUUUUAAAAACGCAAGUCGCUAUAUUUAAGAUAGUCGCGAUAAUAGUUAUUUUUUUUUUACAUAGGAAGGAGUAGUCUCGUGUGAUCCCACGGUGGUUGGUCGUUAUGUGACGAUUGUUAUUCCAGGAGAAAAGAAAGUACUAACGUUGUGCGAAGUCGAAGUCUAUGGUACUAAAGAAGGUAUGUUGAAAAAUUCCACCAGUCAGUCAGUAAGAAAAAAGUGUUUAAUGUUCUUCUCAUCUUGAACAUGCCUUUUUCAAAUGUACCUCAAAAAAGUGUAAAAACAAUGGAAAACUUACCGUACAUUACUCCAUUGUGUAUGCAACAACAACGCACACUUGACUGUAGGUAUGUUACAUGUCUUAAACGACAGAUCAGGAAGCAUGAUAUAAUGAUUCUUAAGGUUCUCCCAUAACGUGUGUAUAAAAAUUGAAAAUUCUUCUCAAUCUUCUUGCUAAAAUAAAAGUUCCUCAAGAUCCUGAGAUCUCACUUUUUCCAGGUCUGCUGCCAGCCGCCAAACAGUCAAUCAGUUGGUUGACGGUCGGUCAGUAA